AUGAACAAUACAAAUGACAAGCAGCUCCAAUCUCACUUCGAACUGAAUGGCGGUGGCGAGGGUGAUUCAACCAAGGUGUGGAUUCCUGACCCUGAAAAUGUAUGGAAAUCUGCUGAGCUCACGAAAGAUUACAAGGAAGAGGACCAUAUCCUAUACCUUAAACUGGAAGAUGGAACUAAUAUGGAGUAUCGGAUUAACCAAAACACCAGAGAGUUGCCAUAUCUACAAAACCCUGACAUUUUAAUGGGUGAAAAUGACUUGACUGCCCUCAGCUACCUGCAUGAACCUGCAGUGCUCCACAACUUGAAAGUGAGAUUUUUGGAGUCUAACAGCAUCUAUACAUAUUGUGGUAUUGUUCUAGUGGCUAUCAAUCCAUACGAACAGCUCCCUCUUUAUGGAGAUGACGUUAUUUACGCUUAUAGUGGGCAAGAUGUAGGAGAUAUGGAUCCCCAUAUUUUUGCAGUUGCUGAGGAAGGGUACAGACAGAUGGCCAGAGAUGACAAGAACCAAUCUGUUAUAAUAAGUGGAGAAUCGGGAGCAGGGAAAACCAUGUCUGCUAAGUGUAUGAUGCGUUAUUUUGCAACCAUCGGAGGAUCUGCCAGUGAAGCUAAUGUGGAGGAGAAGUUUCUUGCAUCCAAUCCUAUCAUGGAGGCAAUUGGAAAUGCCAAAACUACAAGAAAUGACAACAGUAGUCGGUUUGGAAAAUACAUAGAGAUCGAUUUCAAUUGCAGGUAUCUCAUAAUUGGAGCCAGUAUGAGAACAUACUUACUGGAGAAAUCGAGAGUUGUGUUCCAGGCAGAAGAGGAGAGGAAUUAUCACAUUUUCUAUCAGCUCUGUGCCUCUGCUAAUCUGGCUGAAUUUUCUGAAUUGGAUCUUGGUAAGGCUGAAAAUUACUUCUAUGUUAAUCAUGGAGGUAAUAUUUUGAUUGAUGGAGCUGAUGACCUGGCAGACUUUGAACGAACACGAGCUGCCUUCACUACAUUGGGUUUCUCUGAAUCUCUUCAAAUGGAAAUAUUUCAAAUUAUAGCUUCUAUCCUUCAUCUGGGAAAUAUAAACUUUCAGUCAAAUGAUCGUGAUGGUGAACGCAGCUUCAUUAAUUCAAAUGAUAAACAUCUCCAUCGGUUCUGUGAGUUGCUGGGACUGGAGCAAAGCCAGAUCGCGCAUUGGCUUUGUCACCGCAAGCUUAUUACGCUGAAUGAAACCUACGUCAAAUCAAUGGCAAUAAAGGAGGCUACCUGCUCCAGAGAUGCUCUUGCCAAACACAUUUAUGGGCAACUUUUCAACUGGAUUGUGAAUCAAAUUAAUAAAGCUCUAAGGUCCUCCUCAAAGCAGCACGUCUUCAUUGGUCUGCUAGAUAUUUAUGGGUUUGAAACAUUUGAAAGAAACAGUUUUGAGCAGUUUUGCAUUAAUUAUGCAAAUGAAAAACUACAGCAGCAAUUUAACCUGCAUGUGUUCAAGCUAGAGCAGGAAGAAUACUUGACUGAAGGAUUAUCAUGGACACUAAUUGAUUACCAUGACAAUCAACCUUGUAUUGAUGUCAUUGAAGCAAAGCUUGGCAUCUUGGAUCUGCUAGAUGAAGAAUGUAAGAUGCCUAAAGGAACAGAUGAAAAGUGGGCCCAAAAACUCUAUGACCGGCAUCAGCAUACAAGUUACUACUUUCGAAAACCCAGGAUGUCAAAUUCUGCUUUCAUUAUUCACCAUUCUGCUGAUGACGUAUUGUAUCAGUGUGAAGGAUUUUUAGAGAAAAAUAGAGAUACAGUUUACGAAGAACCAAUUAACAUUUUGAAAGCCAGCAAGUCGGAGUUGAUUGCAGAGCUGUUCCAUAAGGAAGACGUUUCUGCAGGACGUCAGGUCUCCAACGUGACGUUGAGGUCUUUAAGAAAAACUUUACCUGCGACAAGUGAGCACAAGAAAACUGUGAGCUGUCAGUUUCGAGCUUCACUCCAUCAACUAAUGGAAACUUUGAAUUCUACAACCCCUCAUUAUGUUCGAUGCUUAAAGCCAAAUGAUACAAAGCAACCUUUCUUGUUUAAUCCCAAGAGAGUGGUACAACAGUUAAGAGCCUGUGGUGUUCUCGAGACAGUCCGUCUUAGUGCUGCUGGAUAUCCCUCAAGAUGGACCUACACAGAUUUUUUUAGCCGCUAUAGAGUUUUGAUAAGAAAAAAUGACAUUCAUGAGGACAAGAAACAAACUUGUAAAAAUGUGCUAGAAAAUCUAAUCAAGGAUGUAAAUAAAUACCAAUUUGGAAAGAGCAAGAUCUUCUUUAGUGCGGGACAAGUAGCCUACCUAGAAAAGCUCCGUGUAAACCAGUUACGUGCUGCCUGUAUAAUGGUGCAGAAGGUGAUGAGAGGUUGGCUUCAGAGGAAGAAAUAUCAGCACAUGUACAAAGCCAUUAUCAUCAUACAGAAAUAUACAAGGCGAUUUCUGGCUAAAAGAUUUGUGGAGCAUUCUAGACGAACAAGGGCUGCCAUAAUUAUACAGAAGCAAUACAGAAUGUUGACUGUGCGAAGGUUAUAUGUACUCACUCGUAAAGCAGCAAUUACAAUUCAAGCUUGGGUUAAGGGCAUGGCUGCAAGACGGAUGUAUUGUAAGGUGGUCCAGGAGCAAAAGGCCAUUGUCUUGCAGAAGUACAUCCGAGGGUGGCUGGCCUCCAUGAGAUAUCAGAGAACUCGGUGGGCUAUUAUCCACAUACAGUGUUGUUACAGGCGCAUGAUGGCAUAUCGUCAACUGAAGAAGCUGAAGAUUGAAGCCCGUUCAGUCGAGCACUACAAAAAGUUAAACAAAGGAAUGGAGAAGAAGAUCUUGCAGCUGCAGUGUAGAGUUAAUGAUCAGACCAAAGAAAACAAAAUGCUGGUUGAGCAAAUGACAGCACUCGUUACUUCUCACAAAAAUGAGGUGCAGAAACUUGAGAAUGAAAUGGAAAACAUUCAUCGUAGAGCUGAAGAAGCUAAACUCUUGAUGAUGCAGGAGCAAAUUGCAAAACUGCAGGAGGAACUAGAGCAAGCACUUGAAGGCAGAAGAAAUGCAGAAGCUAGAGCCUCUCAGGAACUAACUCAGCUGAGACAGCAUCUUGCUGUUCUUGAAAAGGAAAAUAGUCAGUUAAAAGAUGAAAAAGAAACUUUUAAUAAACUCGUUCUGGAGCAGUCCAAGAUCAUUGAAGAACAAGUUGCCCUCAAGGUGGCAUCAAAGAGUCGCCAAUUACAGGUUGAAUUCGAGGAGGAACGAUUCCGCUACCAGAGACUUGUGAAUGAAUUCUCCCGCCUCGAACAACGAUAUGAAAAUCUGAAGGAUGAAGUGACCUUUAUGAAACAGAUAAAUGAAAUGAGAAGUAGCGAUGCUUCAGAAAUGGGAAAUGUUGAGUAUCAAGAACUUGAAAAUGAGAACCAGACACCAGAGGAUGAGCUCGACCAACUAAGAAAUGUUAGUUAUCCUGAAGGGGACACCAGGGAACACAAAGAUGCAAACUAUCAUUUACUGAACCAGCUCAAGGCAGCUACUGAAGAGACUGAAAUGCUUAAAGAGCAACAGACUUGGCUAAAAUCUCAACUCCAUAUAGCAGAAAAGAAGGUUGAGGCAAUGAAAAACAAGGCUACUAUGGCAGAUAUCUUUGGAUUACCUAAAGAUGGAAAUAAAAUGUCGGAGGAUGAUCUGCGAUGUGCUUAUGAUGCCGUUCGUGUGGCCAACAAGCUUCUCAUGGACCAGUUGCAAGAAGAGAAGGAUCGACACAUGAAGGAGAUAGAAGCUUUCCAAAACGAAGCAAGAGCCGCGAGAGAGAAGUUCGAUAAACGGUGCCACUGGUUUGCUCAGUCACAACGACUGCUAUUGGAGGCAGAUGUGGAAGGUGGUUUACAACAGGAAAUUUUGCGACUUACCAAUGAAAAUGCGGACCUACUGGAGCAGAUGGAGAAGCAGGACAGGACUGUACACAAGCUGAAGAAACAAUUAAAGUCCAUGGAGGAGUCGAGAAAUCUGAAAUCUGUCGUGGAGUCCUGUGUCUGUGAACCGCCUGAAAUAACUUCUAUCCAAAGGAAAGCGAAAGGUUUCCAGGGAAUGUUGGAAUGUAGGAAAGAAGAUGAAGCUCAAUUAAUCAAGAACCUUAUCACAGAUCUCAAACCACAAUUGGAUGCAUUGGGUGUGAUGCCAACACUCCCUGCUUUCAUUAUCUUCAUGUGUAUCAGACAUGCAGAUCACACCAGAGAUGAACAGAAAGCUCAUUCCCUGUUUACAGCCGUGCUAGGCGGUAUAAAGAAAGUUGUAAAAAGAAACAAUGAUUUUGAGAUGGUGGCAUUCUGGCUCUCAAAUACUUACCGUCUUCUCGUCUGCUUAAGGCAGUAUAGUGGCGAUGAGAAUUCAGUUGAAAUGAACACACCUGAACAAAGAAAGCAUGCCUUGAGGAAUCUAAAUCUCUCCCAGUAUUGUCUGAUUUUAUCUGACGUCUCCAUUCAACUCUAUCAUCAACUGAUCAAAGCUGCAGAAGGGAAGCUCCAGCAGAUGAUUGUAUCCGGGAUGCUUGAAAAUGAUACAAUUCAGAGCAUGACUGCAAGACCAGCAGGUUAUAGAAAGAGAACAGGAGAUCUACUCGGGGUGACCACUUCAUACACACUGAAUUCCAUCCUUCAGCAGUUAAGCUCAUUCUACAGCUGCAUCUCCAAACAUGGGCUGCACUCUGAAAUUAUUAAACAGCUCUUCCGACAGAUUUACUAUAUAAUUGCAGCAAUCACACUGAACAACUUGCUUCUAAGGAGGGACGUGUGCUCAUUUAAUAACGGUGUCCAAAUCAGGAAUAAUGUCAGCCAGUUAAUUGAAUGGUUAAGAGGCAAAAACUUGCACCAAAGUGGUGCAGUUGAGGUACUGGAGCCACUGAUACAAGCUACGCAGCUCUUGCAGUUGAAUAAGGUGACUGACGCAGAUGCUGGGGCAAUCUGCUCCAUGUGCACAGCACUCACAAAGCCACAGAUUGUGAAAAUUUUGACCCUCUAUACACCUAUGAAUGAAUUUGAGGAGCGUGUGACUGUAACUUUUAUAAAGACUAUUCAGAAUCGAUUAGCGGACAGAAGUCCAAGUCGGCAGUUAUUGAUGGAAUUGAAGCAUGUGUUUGCUGUGAAUUUUCCCAUUAUUCCUUCUCCGGUGAACCUGGAGGAGAUUAGAAUCCCUGAAAUCUUGGAGCUGGACUUCCUAAAGAAAAUCUGAACAUGUAUUUGGAUGAUGAGUUUGGUGGUGGAGCAGGUUUAUAAAUGGCAAGGUUUUUGUUUAAAAAUUGCAUAUUUUUGCACGAGUUGUGUUUAUUUACAAGUGUAUCCAAAAUAUUUAAUUGAAUA